CCUCAGGACAGACUAGGACUACUCAAUGAUGCCUUUGCUUUAGCUAGGGCUGGUGUUGGCAGUACUGUUGAGGUACUUCGUCUCUUAAAGUCUUUCUCUUCCGAGACUAAUUUCACCGUUUGGCAGAAUCUUGUCUCUAAUUUGUCUCUGCUUGAGAGAUUGGCCAAUUAUUCUGAUUUCUCUGCCGAGUUCAAUUCUUAUGCUCAGAGUCUCUUCACUGACGUUGUAUCAAGGCUAGGCUGGGAUCAAAAAGACUCCGACACUCCUCUUGACAAGAUGCUGCGUGGGAUGGUCCUGAAGCAGUACUGUAACUAUGGAAACAAGGAAGCAGUGGCUGAGGCUCAGCGUCGUUUCGCUGCUCAUGUCAAUAAGACCUCAUUAAUCCCGUCAGACCUCAAGGACCUUGUCUUUGGUACUUGCAUGGCCAACGGUAAUGAUGAAACCUUUGAUCAAUUGGUUAAGUUUCAUGAUGAGACUGAUGACAGUGAUGAACGCAGUCGUAUUUAUCGUGUCCUUGGACGAGGAAAGACGGAGCCACUGGUCAAGAGAUGUCUGGAGUUAGGACUAUCGGAUAAAGUAAGGAAUCAGGAUGCCUGGGGACCUAUUGCCUCAGCUGCUGGUGGAAGUCGUUUGGGCCGCAAUCUAACUUGGCAGUUUAUGAAGGAGAACUGGGAGACAUACCAGAAAAAGUUUCAAGGAAGCUUCCUUCUCUCAAGAGUCAUUGAGAUUGUUACUAUUGGUUUUAUUGGUGAAGACAAAGCUGUCGAAGUUGACGAGUUCUUCAAAGCAAACCCUGUACCGGUUGCUGAGCGUGCAAUACGUCAGAGCUUAGAGGCAAUACGUAACAACACUCAAUGGCUGAAGAGAGAUGAAGCCUCCAUUAGGGAGUGGCUUAAGAAAGAAACCCAAUCUUAGAGACACUUAUAAAUCAUUGUGUGUAUGUAGGACUUGCCUAUACAAUUGAUGCUGCUUGAUUUAAAAAAUAAUAAUUUCUAAAAAA